GAAAAAUAAAUAUUUUAUUUGCUAUGAAAAUAUAUAAGAAUUGUAAAUAAUGUUGAUUAGUGAGGAGCAAUAUGAUGUUGUAUAUAUAAUAGAAGACACUGUUGGCUGUAAAGAGGACUUUAAUGCUAUCUAUAGCUCAUAUAUUAUUCCAUCUGUCAGAUACUUUAGCAAUGGAAUCAGCCCAGCAGAAGUUAUAUUUGGCUCUCAGAGACAAGUAUCUCAGUACAGUUUACUUACACUCCAGAAUCAAUUUAGACAAGAUGUAGCUAUGAGUCCAGGAAAAAUUACUCAAAAUGCAUCAGAGUUUCUUUUGAAAAUCAAAAACCUAAGGUUUGCUAAUGGUGGCAUGGCUAGUGGUUGUUUCUUAAGUGAGGCUUUAGCAACAGCCUUGCAGGUACUUGAAAAUAUGGCAGCAUUACGAAAUAGCCAGCAUGUUGUGAAGCAUGUUGUAAUCAUUACCAACACUCCUCCUUAUCUCAAUCCUGUUGUACGGAAUUGCCCCUAUGCAGGAUUUUCCUUCGAUGAACUGCUUGGAGUUUUUGUUAGCAAAUCAAUAUGCAUAUCUGCAUUUUGUGCAAGACACAUUCUCCCUUAUAAAGAAAUUUUUCGAAAGUUGUAUUCUGAUUUUUCAAACAUCUUUGCAAAAUCAACUCAAUUUGCAACUAAUUCAAACCAUAUGGUGCUUGUUAAAGGAAUUCAACUUCCAGUUCAAGAUGUGAUUGAAGUGGAAAAUAAUGAAACUGCAGAUAUAAGUGUGGUUUCAAAGAAAUUAAAGUUGGAUGAUCAAUUGGCAUCAAGCAUUCCUCAAAAUACAUCAUCUCAAGUUGUUACAACAUCGACCAUCUUACAACCAUUCCAAAUGGGUCAAUCUUUAGCACCAAAUUCUGGUUCAAUGCCACAAGUACAACUGCCACAACAACCGCUACAACAGAUGGCACCACAAGUACAACAAUCUCAAUUACAACCACAGCAGUUUCAAAGAAAAGUUGUUUGGAGUGGUCAGUUACAGUGGAAUGAAACAAACUUAACUGUAGAAGGUGGAAAAAUUUCACGGAUAUUGCCAUGUAAAGCAACUGUAACUACUGCAGAAAAUUUACAAACAAAUGAUUGGCCGAGAGAUUUACAUAUGCAGUUAAUACCGCAGAUUUAUCUACAAAAUCUUGCCUGUUUUCUUAAACAGGCUAAACAAGUGACGUUUAACUUUUCCCCAACUGACAAUGAUGUUUUGCAAUCUAUGUAUAGAAUAAUGAAUGGCAAUCCAGCUUCAGGGGUUCCAGGAACAUUUGGACAAAAAUUUGUUGGUUGUGUUUUUCUUAAUAAUCCAUCUGAUCAGGUGCCCAUUCGAGUUUUGUUACUUAUAUACAGUCCAAAGAAAAUGUGUUUUAUUGGGGUUGUUCCAGAUGAUCAGCAACACUUUGUUGGGCAGUUAAAGGCUAUUAUAGCUGAAGAUAAACUUCGAGCUGUAAAGCAACCAAAUUUUCCUAACGUUGGAGUCCAAUCACAAACUCCCAGAAAUGUGGUUGUAUCUUCGAACAAUCCACAGUUGACACCCCAACAAUUAAUGGUCCGUCAAAAAUAUAUGCAGCAGCAGUAUCAACAAAAUUCGCAAAAUCAGAUGCAGCAAACAUCGCAAUCUCAGCUGAAAUAUCUUUUGCAGCAACAACAGUUGCAGCAAACUAAUUCGUCAAUACAACAACAACAGCAGCAACAAAAUCAGUUAACCCAACCGCAGUUAAAUCAACUACAGCAAAAUCAGUAUACUCAACCGAAUCAGCAACAGUCACAGAUUUCUCAAAUCAAUCAGCAUCUACAAUCUCAAAUUAGUAUAUCUCAACAGCUUGCAGCUCUUAAUUCGCAAAGAAUAAAUCAGAAUUGGUCAGCGCAGCAAUUACAGCAGCAGCUGUUGCUUCAACAGCAGCAGCAGCAACAACAGCAGCAGCAACAGCAACAAAAAAUUGUUGCUGCUAUUGCUUUGGCCCAACAACAAGAACAACAACAAACAGUAUCAGAUGUGCAAUUGUAUAGUGAUUUUUUGGGUAAUGGCUGACUGCGUGUUGUUUCCAAAAUUGAAAAUGAAUAGUUAAUAUUUGUAUAAUACAAAAAAAAUUUGGUGAAAAAUUCGCAAAA